CUCUUCACCCGCGUGCGAGGGGGCCUUUCGACUGAUCCAAUUUUCUUUGACGAGUACCUAGAGUUCCACAGCGGGUUCGAAGGCCCGCACUCUACCAUCCCAAGAUGCAGUACACAAUCAUCGGAUUUAUGCCUAUCCCAAGCCAACUCGGACGAGUCUUCGUCACGCCGCGAAGGCUCGGGGUCGCACUCGAGCCACCAUGGCGAGGAAGCUAUUAGCUGGGACCAGGCGUUAUCUUUUUCUACAUACGGCUCCGGCGGGCUCCCUGUUGGGUCAGCCGAUCUUCCUUUCUCCUCUUCCGUUGCCGGCCUGACGAGUGGCCUCCUCACCGAAUCUCAAACUCCCUUCUACGAUACCUCUGGUUGGAACGCAUUCUCCCUGCAAUCUUCGCCUCUCGAUCCAUUCUCCUGCGAUGCUUCAUCUGCCUAUCCCUUGGUCUCUACCGCCGGCGGACAAAUCAAUGAUCUAGCAAUACCCACUGGUAUGGAAGCUGUUUACGACCCAAGCAUGUCACAAGCUAUGCAAAAAGGCCCCUCUCAUUCUGGUUCCUCCUCAAGCUCUACCAAUCAGAAUGCUUCGUCUCCAGAGGGCUGUUCUAAUUCAAAAUUGUCAAACUCAAAAAGCGCUACGCCCCUUCCCGACUCCGCGCGCGUUGAGAAGCGAAGGGCCAAUACCCUCGCAGCUCGCCGGUACCGACAAAAGCGCGUCGAUCAAAUGACCAGCCUCGAAACCCAGCUCAAAGAAACGCAAACAGAGCGGGACGAAUUGAAGGUUCGUUGCGCUCGGCUCGAGGGUGAAGUCGAAACGCUUCGCCAGCUUCUUCGCGCUCAAAAAUAGCUCUAUCAUUCCGGGUCAGCGUUGUUCGAGUCUCUUUUCUCUUGUACUUCGCAGGAUCGGCCAUUGUGUCAGACGAUGUCGGAAGCUGAUCAUUGCACGCCUUGGUGAGCGGCUGUCAUCUCGGCAAAUGAAGUCGGUUUUUAAUCUUUGAGGCAUGUGUCUUCGUAGGCAGGGGAUUACUCACAUAUUCACUCAUUUUGUCGUC